AGCGUUUGUUGUGACAUCUCGUCUGCAGCGGGUGUGGAUCAGUAACGGGACCUGCUAACGGGACCGGAUAACGGGACUCCGCCGCCAUGCUCCGGCUGUCGCUCGUGUUCCUGGCCGCCGUCGUGGCUUCUGUUCUCGGGCUCCCCGGGCCCCACGUCUCCGGGGCGGCCGGGCCCUGCCUCGCCCCGCCGCAGUGGGAGGGCCGGUGGGUGCGCUACGACCACAGCACCGGGAGGAACAACCGCGCCUCUGUGUCCUACGACGGCCUGAACCAGAGGGUUCGAGUCCUGCAGCAGCUGAAGAAACACAGCCCGUGUCAGAGGUUUUUUGAGUACAUCUACCUGUACCAGAGCAGCGUGAUGUUCCAGAUCGACCAGAAGACCAAAGACUGCUCUAAGAUCGCCCUGACGGAGAGCUGGGAUCCCUUCGACAUCCCGGACAACUCCACGUUUGAGGACCAGUACCUCAUCGGAGGCCCCGGGGACAGCGUGGAGGUUCAGGAGUGGUCGGACAGGAAGCCGGCACGCAAACAUGAGACCUGGGUGGGCGUCUACACCUUGAAGGACUGUUAUCCCGUGCAGGAGACCUACGCCUGGAACAGCAGCGUCACCACCUCCACCCGCUUCUUCAACCUCCAGCUGGGCAUCAGCGACCCCGACGUCUUCACCCCCCCCAGCACCUGUCAGUCAGCUCGGCCCGAGGGGAUGAGGGAGUCCGACUGCUGAGGGCCCCCCCUUCUAGAAAUUGGACUCUCAGAUAAAAUUGCUUUAGGUUAAUUCAUAGCAAGAGGGGACUGGUCUCUCACGCAGCCUCUGUCCAGUGUUUCACAGAAUUGCUUGUUGAUUUGUUAACAUUUUUAUUAGGGCCGAUAAUCAUGCUAACUGCAACCUAACACACAGAUAUACACGUGAUGUGGGUGUGAUCAGCUGAUUGUAAUAACUCAAACACGGAAAUAAGCACACAUGCGGAUGGCUCGAUUCAUUAACGUGUUAGUGAAACAUUAAUGUGAGGAAGAUAAGCUGCAUAUGUUAUGUGUCCUUCUAUAAUCUAGACCUAUAGCAACAUUAAUAAGAGCUGGAAUAACACUGACCUGAGCCCGUCCAACUAUGAGCCUCAUCAGAAGGAAGGUUUGAAGUCAACUCUUAAAAGUAGAGAAACUGGGUUGAUUCCACAGAAAAGCAUAAUUGUGAUCAGGCUUUAAAAUGAAUGUGUGUAGCUUGAGUCUUGCUUCUAUGUGUUUUGGGGGAACUUGUAUUUAUAUAACCACACCAACACUGAACUAAUAACUGUAAAGUAGGGUAUCAGUGGUCAUAAUCCUGAAUUAAUUUGAUGAUUCUUGCAGAAGCCUUGUGAAACAUGCAAAUAUAAUUCAAACAUAAUAAAAUCUUCCACCAAGAAA